AUGUCUGAAGAAACAUCACAGGAACAGCCUCUAGAUAACUCCAAGUUUAAGUCCGUUCAGGGUGUUGUAACCUCUCUGUGUAUGGACUACGGCUGGAUUAAUGAAACCAUCCUCUUCAAUAUGGACGUAAUCAGUGACAACACACCUCUGCAAAUCGGGACAAAUGUCCUUGCACUUGUGGGAGAAAACCAAAGAACUCAUAUCCCGAAAGCAAUCAAGGUGAAAGCUAUGAAUGAUCUUCCUGAAGGCAGUGAACCAUCAAAACUUGGCAGAAAACUUUGCAUUAGCUGUGUCACCUCAGUAACUGAAGAAGAUGUGUACAUAAGCAAAGAAAAGUGCUUCCCAUUGUACAUGUUUUCAGGAGCAUUUAAGCCUUUCAAAGGAGACUUACUGCUUGUUGAGUAUUCCACCAAUCCAGGAACGUCAAAGAUCAAUAUCCACUCUGUGAGCCCCCUAAACACUCAAUAUAUGGAAGAGGUUUAUGUUACUAGCAUUGAUGGAAGAAAUGGCAUGGUGGAAUCCAGCAUAUUUUUUACCCUUGAUUCUCUCCAUAUGCCUUCUGGGUAUACACCCAGAUUAAACAACAUAGUGGACGUGGUCACUGUGGAAAGUAUACAACCACAAUGUUCAUGGAGAGCUGUGUCAAUGACCCCGGUGGAAACUGAGAAUUAAGGAGACCUUGUAAUUCAUUUCGACCUUAUGUCUAAGG